UCUAAUUUAAACUGUGGGACAGUGCUUAACAUUGGCGCUUGGCUCUCGAAAAGGUGAGAAGCCUAGCUAAGAACUCGUCCCGUAUGGACAUUCAUGAAUAUAACACCGCUGAUCACGCUCAGCGAUGGUCUUCACUCGAGGGUUUUCUACGACUGGAUCCCAACCUUCAUCAAAGCCAUGGUGUGUAUCCCCUGCAUUGUGAUCCCCGUCCUCUUGUGGGUCUACAAGAGGUUCAUCGAGCCCAUCAUCUACCCCUUCAUAGCCCCGUUCAUAAACAAGUUCUGGACCAAGAAGGCGGUACAGGAGCCGGCCCUAGACAAUGCCAAGAAUGCAGACAUGAGCAAUGGAACCAGCACGCCUCAGAGUAAUGGUGAAGCCACAGCCAACGGGACCACUACAGUAGCAGACAAGAAGACGGAUUGACAGCUGCAUGAUGUUAAAUAUAUGUACUUUUUUUGUAAAUAACUAAUUCCCAAUGCAGAAGAUUUAUUAACUUAUUAAAGCAACCUUCAUUGUCAUAGAUCCGGUAGUCAUAUUUGAAAAAUAAUUGUGUGUCUUAUUGUAAUUAUUUUAACUCUUCUCUUGAUGUUAAUACAUUUUUAGAUAGGCCUAUGAUUGUUCCUAAAUUCAUGAAGUGAUAUUUAAGUCAUUUUUCAUUCCAUAAACCGUCAGGUCAUUUUUGCAAAUCAGCUUCCGAUUUGUGUCAACAAAUAAAACGGCUUUCUAUGAAAAUUAUCCAAAUAAAGUUUCUUUAUGCAUAA